AUGUUCCUAUCUAGCCUAUGGGUCUUCAGCCAUCUGGUCAACACACGCAGCCGCCAUGAUAGUGUGCUGCACGUGCUGCACAUUCUCACCAAGUUCCCUCCCGCCAUCCGUGCUAUGCAUAUCAUCCUGGAAGGCAGAAUCCCCGGGGCCGAAGAGUGUGCAGCGCUCAUCCAGGCCUGCCACGGCCUCGUCACCAAGGCCCAGGAGCUCGAGCUAGAUUCCACUGACGAGGCCAUGCUCCCCUACAUGGAAGCCAUGAAGGCCGUAAAGUUACGCAACUAUGAGGCAGCUGAGCUAAUCCAGUUCCCCGUCAACACGAGCAUUGGGCUGGUGGAGCUGGGUUGCUUCAACGCCGUGUGGGCACGACUCAUACAGUUCAGCGAUGCCGAGCUCAACAAGGCCUUGUUUUCGAAGACGCCGAAUCUGUUCGAUGGCCGCAGUAAGCGUGCCGCUCUGCUAGGUGGCGGCCUCGUCUCGGAGAACAUCGUGUUUGACAUGGAUGUCCUCUACGCCAACUACAAGUACAAGGACAACGGCAACGAGAGCGGGAUGAUUACAGGCAGAGAUUUGAGUGACCUCCUGCAGGCGACACAAUUCGGCGGAUGUGGCGGCGACCCGGGCCGUGACUCUCUCAUGUUCCGGCCGACGCGCAGGGGCGAGUGCACCGUCGACGUUGCAAUGGCUGAGCACCUUCUUAAGCCCAUCCUUGUGAGGCGCACCGGCGAUGGCACUGCCAUCUUUGAGGGUGAUUUGGCCGUUCCCCCCACGUGCCACAGCUCCAACGAAGCGCCCGAUGAGAUCAUCAUGGUCUGCCUAGACUACAGCAGGAGCAUGACGACUCAACAGCGGCUCGGCGAAAUUCGUGUCACUUCAGGAGACCACAGGCUGCGGAUGGAAGUUUCCACUAACCUAGUAUUCAAUGUGGCGAGGCUCAAGCUCGCGGAGCUGAGGAUUCACAUGAGGCGGCUUGAAGCCGCCGCGCGGGAGCCCGCCUCUAGAGCUGCAAGGUUACAACAGGAGGCCAGUGCAAAAGCUGCAAAGGGGCUGCGGAUUGCCAUUGCACAACUUUUGAAUUACAAAGCUCAGCUCGCUAAGCUUCUCUUGUAUCGGGCUUGUUGCGUCAAAGACUCUGAAAAGUUGGCUCCCUGGACCUGGAAGGAUGGCAGUCCGCUCCCCGUUGCUUUGUCGGGCGAGAAGUAUGAGUCUGAUACCAGCAUGAAAUUUAUUUCGACUGCACUCGACCUUGGCGUACCACAGGAAUUGCGCUGCCCCAUGACGCAGGAAUUGUUCUCGGACCCUUCUCAAGAUUUCCCGGGGCGCGAAUAUGCGGAUCAUACUUCCAAAUCCCGGCCCCGGCCUCUCAGCCAGUGGAAAUGGUCGACGAGGUGCCAGCUCAAGCUCAAAUCCGGAAUUCUGCCUCAUCAAGGUUUACAGAGGCGAAGACAAUCAGGCGCCUGCCUUUUCGUACUGGGUAAAGAGAGACCCUACAGUUACGAUUUCCGGUUAUCUCAUUCGGGCAGGGACGUCGGCGACAACUUUGUAUUUGGUACAUGGAUGGCCAUUCAAUUAUGCACCGGCAGGCUUGGCGAUGAGCCGUUCUGCGUGAAUUACGAGGACCGGCCCCAAACUGUCAAGGUUGAUGCCGGUAUUAGUGGCGGUAUGCCGUCUCUCGGCAUCCGGACCGGAUUCUACCAGCCGCCAGUACUCAAAAUUUUCGGCCAUUUCGUCGAUGAGAUCCUCGCGUACAAGUACUCGAUGCACAUGGAGCUCAUUACCUAUAGCACCAAGGCACACGUGGCGCAGCGGCUGACGCACGAUGUGAAGAAUUUCGGGUCGACGGUGCUGGAGCUGAACGGCGAUGGUGACACUGCACUAUGGGACGCGCUGGCACUUGCCCACAACCACUUACAAGAGUACGCGGAGACAUUUCCAAAUGCCAAGAAGCGUAUCCUGUGUAUUUCAGACGGCAGCGACACGAGCUCGGAUCAAGACCACCAACCGUCGAAAAUGUGUGAGCAGUUUCUUCGCGACGGCAUUGUCGUUGAUUCGUUCGAUCUUGGUCACAACAGUAGCUUCACUGGACGCGCCAAGCUGUCUUUCCUCACCAACGGUUACAAGUUCAAACCGACGUCGCUUGAGCAGGCCAUGGUGGACGCUAUAUCGGCGGCCCGGCGGCCGCCCCUCGGAGGGAAUAUCAGCAACCAUUUGCCGCGCGAGAAGGCUAUGGCCGCUUCACUGAGUCGCAGACCGAAGCGACGCCCGAAGUAG